AGCUAAGCUUUACGCGAUUUUGUGACAUUAUCGAGCCGAAAAGUAAUGAUUAAUCAGUAGAUAAGUUAAAUAAACAUUACUGAUACAUAAAUUGACAACGAGUUUUGAGUAUAAAGCACAAAUAAAAAGUGUUUCUUGUCUGUGAUAAAAUUUUUAUGUUAAAAAACUUAUUUGUUAUUUUAAUAUUUCCUAUAAUAUUCCAAGUUUACGAUUUGAAUGGAUAACUUUAGAGAACUUUAUGUACACACGCAGGUACGCUUAAAUAUGGCACACGAGACGUCUGCAAGAGUCUUUCGACAAGCUUCUGAUGAUGCGAGGGAAAUGGCAAUGAGGGUAAUUCACGAUCCAGCACUAAAUGAAAUCAAAGGACAAGCCGAGAAUGUUUGGAGGACAGUGCUAGAAAUUUUAAAAAGACUACGAGAGUCAAUUAGUACACCGAAUGCAGUUGUAGAACAGCUGCAAAUUAUAUUUAGAGAUGAAAUCGCUAGAAACAACACAUACUUCGUUCUUGUUGGAUUGGGUACUGGCUGUAUGUUUGGUUGCAUGUUCGGAGUAUGGCUAGCAAGAAAAACAAUAGCAAAUCCAAUAAUGAAGUCUGUGGCUUGCGUAUCAUAUUAUGGCUCUGAUAAUGUCACAUUAUGUAAAACAAAUUUGCCUCAUCUUAGAUCUAGUUCAGAUAUUUUAGUCAGAGUAAGGGCAGCUGCAAUAACCCGAUUAGAUGUAGAAAUUUCCCAUGGUUAUGGAAAAAUAUUGAGACGAAUCAUUCAAAGUUACAAUUCUGGAAGUCCAGAAAUGCCAUUAGUUGUAGGUCGAUCAUGUUCAGGCGUUGUCGAAAAUGUCGGAAAGGAUUCAAAGAGUGGAUUAGAAAUAGGAGAUGAAGUCUGGUUAGCAUCAAAUUUUUAUGAAAUCGGUCUUGCCUCACAGUUAGUAGUUGCACACGAGUCACGAAUUGGUAGGAAACCUGUACUAAUUGGAUUUGAAGGAGCCGCAUCUCUUCCUUAUGAUGGAUGUAUGGCACUAAUAGCACUCAAGAAGGCAAAGCUAUCAGAAAAUUCAUCAAUAGGCAAAAAGGUUCUCAUUCAGGAUGGUUGUAGUGCUGUGGGAUGUAUAUUAACACAAUUAAUUAAAAAGUGGGGAGGCUAUGUAGUCGUUACUUGCCAUCAACGAUCAGCACCUGUUGUAAAUGCUUUAGGAGCUGAUGAGAUUAUUACAUUUUCAAAUGAUAGCUUUGAGACAAAUUUUUACGAGAAGAGCAUCGAACAAUCGACUUUUAUGAAUGAACUUCUAUCACGACAGGUCAAAUAUGAUGUUGUAUUCAUAACAACACGUUUAAAUUAUAGCACAAAAUUUAUAGAAAGAUUUUUAACGCCACACGGUACGAUAGUUCAUGCAGUUGAAAGCAUCAUGCCCUCGGACGAGUAUGGAAUUUUUAUGAGAAUGAUGUUUAAGAUUUAUGUAACAUUAAAGAGGAUGGGAACAACUGUUUUUGGAGUCGAGCCGAAAUGGGCAGAUGAGCCACAUUUAUGCCAUAAUAAUUUAGACAUCCUCGCAGGCUAUAUUAACGAUGAAAUUUUAAAUACCGUCGUAGAUCAAGUCUAUAAUCCACAAGAAGCUGAAAGGGCAGUCGCUCACGUGAUUAGUGAAAAGAGAAUAGGUUCUACAAUCAUCACAUUCAGGUAAAAUUCAAAAUUAGACGAAUAUAGUGGCAAUAUACUUAAAGUAAUCCACUGCCAAAGACCAAUGUUACUGACGAUUUUUUUUCCUUUGAAAAUUUAUUAAAUUCAUUAAUAAAUAACAAAUAAAUCUUUUGCUCAAAUCAUGUUGCGGGGAAGUUGAAAAUGGAUUUUGGAAG